GCGCGCGCUUUGUUGUGGACGCAAAUCAAAGAUGGCGGCUGGCGCCAUUUAAACCCGGCCAUCAGGGAAGACUGAUUGGUGAAACCUAAGUCAGUGACUGAAGGCUGAUCAUGGAAUUUGAGGAGAUAAAACGGAAAGGUGUAAUGGAGAUGUCGGGUAUAGAGGGAGAGGGCGGUCUGGUCGCUGGUCGCAGUCAGAGGGAGAAAAGGCGCUCAUACAAAGAUUUAUUGAGAGAAGAGGAAGAAAUAGCUGCACAGGACUCUGAGUUGAUAGUGAUGGGUGGCGAUUUGCACAAAAAGAAGAAGAAGCACUCAAGUGAUGAGCACCAUUAUAGAGACCACCAUGGCUCAGGCCCUCCUCAUAAGAAGAAGCGCAAGUCCUCUGAAUGCUCACCCUCACGCUCGUCUUCAUGCUCCUCUCAGCCGGCACAUUCUACAGAUACUGCUAUGGGCCUCUUGCAGGCCAUCACCUCCCCGUUGGCUACAGGCUCCGAACCUGGCCCGAACUUUCAUAAAAAACCCUCUUACCCUCCUCACGCCUCACAUUCCUCGUCCAAAGAUCGCAAGCGUGAGGGCAGCUCCAAAAGUGGCCACUCUUUCUCGCAUUCCCGCCAUCCGAGUUCGCCGUCGUUGUCUAAGAAGCAUUCUGCGUCCUCCUCGUCUUCCUCGAAGUCAUCUUUGUUCCAUGGCGGAGCGGGGAGGGGUGAGCCGCUUACGCUGCGAGAUGGCGAGGGCCUGAAAAUGAAGCUCAUCCUUUCGCCCAAGGAGAGGAGCGAGGGAGGAGAGUCGAUUGAAGGAUUCCCCUUCCCUGCACGUCCAUCUUCAGGGAGCAUGGGACACCAUUCCUCCUCUGGCAUCAAGAAAAGUGAGAUGAAGGAGAAGGACAGGGACCGGAUUAUGAUGUCUAAGCCAUCAAAGAAGAAACUGCAUAGUCGAGAGCCUCUGCCCACGGUGGGGAAAGAAGUAGAAGUGGAAGGACAGUAUGGUGGGUCUUUGACACAGGGAGGAGAUUGUUCAUCCUCAGGAGGGGAGCUAGAGGCAGGUGAACUGAUCAUUGACGACUCCUACACACACCUUUCAUCUAAAAAGAAGAAGAAAAGCAAAAAAAGCAAAAAGAAAAAGGAGAAGGACAGGGACAAGGAUAAAAGCUCAAAAGAGAAGAAGCACAGCAAAGGAGGAAAUGCAGAAAAGAAAGCAAUUAAAGGGGACUCAUCCAGAAGCCACUCCCAUUCCCACAGCUCGUCCAAUCACAGUACCUCACUAGGGACAUACACUAUGGCUCCAGCAAUCACCUUGCAGCAUCAUCAUCAUCAUCAUCAUCAUCAGGGUUCUGAUGUGAUGAUGGUGAAGAAGAAGAAGAAGGAGGAGAAGGAGAAAGAUAAGCAUGACAAAGACAAGAAAAAGAAGAAGAGUACGACAGCUUAUCAGGUGUUCUGUAAAGAGUACAGGGCCAAUAUAAAUGCAGAACAGCCUGGACUUGUGUUUGGGGAGCUGAGCAAGAAGCUUGCAGAGGUUUGGAAGCAUCUACCUGAAAAAGAGAAGCAGGUCUGGAAGCAGAAAGCUCAGUAUCUGCAGCAUAAGCAGAUUAAAGCUGAGGCCACUACGGUCAAACAGAAGACUUCCUCAACAGAGAACAAAAUCAAGAGCUCCAGUAAGGUUGUGGGUAUGGGUGCAGGGUUGACCACUCCAAGCCGCUCUUCUCUGACCAUCCGGUUACCAGAGGUUGACCCCAUAGAUGCCGCGGCGCACCUGCAGCUCCUCGGGGAGUCCCUCUCUCUCAUAGGACACAGGCUACAAGAGACAGAGGGAAUGGUAGCAGUGUCUGGCAGUCUCUCUGUCCUGCUAGACUCCAUUUUGUGUGCUCUCGGUCCAUUAACCUGCCUCACUGCUCAGGUCCCUCAGCUUAAUGGCUGUCCCCGCAGUGUCUUGUCAAACACGCUGGACAACAUAGCGUACAUCAUGCCAGGACUAUGAGACUGGAGAACAGAUGACACAUGACUUUACACCAAUUGCACUUCAUAAGAAACAGGACCCAUCAAAAACAACCUACUUUUUAGGAGCAUGAAACAAAACGACAAUUUGACGGUUUAUUUUUGUUAACAACACACCAAUCAGGUCUGAGACAAAAGCAUUGGACAUUUGUAGAUGUAGACAUGUUUUUAAAUUUUAAAAAUACUUAAUAUUUUUAAAAUUGUAAUUCUUUAAUAUUUUGGGUUUUUUUUUUUUUUUAAAAAGGGAUCAGAAAUCUUAUUCUAGGGAACACAUCUAUGUCAGGUUAUUAGAUUUUAUUGUUUUAGUGUGUCCCAGUGAGUGUGUGCAUGUGUGUAUGUUUGUGUGUUGUGUGAAAACUGGUAUACUUUUAUUAUGUAAAGAGCAAUUUAUUUUUAUGCAGAUGUGUACAGUUUUAUGUCUGGGCCCAAGGCUGUUUUGUUUUUGUUUUUUCUUCUUUUUUUUAAUUUAAGAUGAAGUCAGUAGAAGCAAACAGUAGUUUAACUGCAGUAGUCCUCUUACUGCCAAACUGUUUUUAUACUUGUAAAAUGUAAUGUUAUCAUUGGUUUAUAGCAAAAGCAUGUAUGGAAUAAUUUUGAAAGUGUGACCAAACAAUGCGUUGAUUUCGAAGCACAAACCUGUACGGUUCAUUAUUACGACUCAUU